UUUUUUUUAAUAUUUUGUAAAAUUCUUUAAAAUGGUUCGAAAGUUAAAAUAUCAUGAACAAAAAUUGUUAAAGAAAGUUGAUUUCAUUUCCUGGUCAGCGGAUAAUAAUUUACACGAGGUCAAAGUUUUAAAACGAUAUCAUGUUCAGAAGAGAGAAGAUUACACUACGUACAAUAAACUAUCAAGGGAAAUUCGAGAGCUCGGAAUUAAAAUAAAAGAAUUAGACAAUGACAGUCCAUUUAGGGUUGAACAAAGUGCCGCAUUAUUGGAAAAAUUAUACAUGUUGGGGUUGAUUCCGACAAAGUGGGAUUUGUCACUAUGUCAAAAAGUAACAGCCAGUUCAUUCUGCAGAAGAAGGUUGCCUGUUAUCAUGGUACGAUGCAAAAUGAGUGAAAACAUUAAAAUGGCAACACAGUUAAUAGAGCAGGGUCAUGUUCGAGUAGGACCUGAAGUAAUCAAAGAUCCAGCAUUUCUAGUGACAAGGAACUUGGAAGAUUUUGUUACUUGGACUGAUACCUCAGCUANUAAGGUAUCAUGA